AAAAAUGAUAACGUGGUGCUCUAAUCAAAUAGAUAGACCCAAAUUACAUUUUAAUAUCUCUGUUCUUAUCAAUUAUAUAUUUUUCAAAACAAAAUUUACUAUCAACAUCAACAGUAAUAAUUGAAUCAAGAACAACCUAAAUAAUAGUUCGUAUUAAAAUGACCACCCCGAGAUCGAAAUCACCCAAACCACAGAAUUCAUUUAGGAAGGAUGAUAGUAAAGACGAAACCACAUUUUGGGAUAAAAUAGGAACACUUGGACGCAAAAAACGAAUAAAGGAAGUGCAAGAGGUUCAGGAAGAAGGCAAAUAUGCUAUUGAUUCACCUGGCAAUCCAGCUAUGGCUGAUGUUCCUCCCGAAGAAUACACCCUUGAGGAAAACGAGGAACGUACUAUGGUAGAACCCAAGUCUUAUUCCGAUCCUAAAUUACAAGAGUUAAUGAAUAUAUUAAUUGAUUGGGUAAACGAUGUUUUGGCAGAUCAUCGGAUUAUUGUUAAAAAUCUAGAGCAAGAUUUGUAUGAUGGACAAGUAUUACAAAAGUUAUAUGAAAAGUUGACUCGAGAAAAAUUAGAUGUACCAGAAGUUACUCAAUCUGAAGAAGGUCAAAAACAAAAAUUGUAUGUAGUACUAGGAUCCGUAAAUAAUAUUUUGGGAUUAACUGGCAAUAGGCUUUCACAACAAAAAUGGAGUGUUGAAAGUGUUCAUUCUAAGAACCUUGUUGCUAUUUUACAUUUGUUGGUAUCACUUGCAAGACAUUUUCGAGCACCUAUUCGACUUCCUGAAAAUGUCACUGUCAACGUAGUGAUUGUACAGAAACGAGAUGGAGUAUUGAAGAAUCGAACUGUUAUUGAGGAAAUUACAUCUAGAUAUGAUGAUCUUGGUAUGAGAUGUGAGCGAGAUGCUUUUGAUACUUUAUUUGAUCAUGCACCUGAUAAAUUAGAAGUGGUUAAAAAGUCCUUGGUUACAUUUGUCAACAAACAUUUAAACAAGAUUAACAUGGAAGUAAAAGAUUUAGACACACAAUUCCAUGAUGGUGUUUAUUUGACAUUACUUAUGGGAUUACUUGAAGGAUUUUUUGUACCAUUGUAUUCUUUCAAUUUGUCACCUCAAAAUUUUGAACAGAAAGUUCAUAAUGUCAAUGUAGCAUUUGAUUUAAUGCAAGAAAUUGGACUCGCUGCACCUAAAGCUAGACCUGAAGAUAUUGUGAAUUUGGAUUUGAAGUCAACAUUGAGAGUGCUAUAUAAUCUCUUUACAAAGUAUAAAAACUUGUACUAAUUUAAUAACACUGGAUUUCUAUUGGAUCAGUCAAAUUUAAUUUAAAAGUAACAUUAAUUUAAAUGAUAGCAUUGUUUAUUGCGCAAAAAAAGCGGACACUUAGCUAUUUUCAGUUACUAACUUGACAAUCAUGAGUAUCUUCAAAUUUUAGUUUAUAUAUAUACAUUUCAUACUAUAACAUUUAUAAUAUAUGAAUUAUAAGACAA